AAGGGUGUGUGUCAAGGGGCGGAGUCUAGGGCGGAAGUUGUAAGUCCGGGUCGAAGUCUGGCUUACGAAGGGCGGAAGUUGAGUUUGGGGGCCCAAGCCGCAAUCAUGGCGCUGGAAGGGGAAAAUGUUAGAGAUUACAAUUUGACUGAGAAGCAGAAGGCGAUCAAGGCCAAGUAUCCUCCAGUCAAUCGGAAGUACGAGUAUUUGGAUCAUACAGCUGAUGUUCAGUUACACGCAUGGGGAGAUACUCUGGAGGAAGCAUUUGAGCAAUGUGCAAUGGCCAUGUUUGGUUAUAUGACAGAUACUGGGACAGUGGAGCCCCUCCAAGCAACAGAAGUAGAAACCCAAGGAGAUGACUUACAAUCUCUUCUGUUUCACUUUUUGAAUGAAUGGCUUUAUAAAUUCAGUGCUGAUGAAUUCUUCAUAGCCCGGGAAGUAAAAGUACUUAAUAUUGAUCAAAGAAAUUUCAAAUUACGGUCAAUUGGGUGGGGAGAAGAAUUCUCAUUGUCCAAGCACCCUCAGACACUGCCCGGAAGAAGGUCAAGGAAAAUUUUUUCUCCCCUACAGCUGGAAUGUCGCGGGCCUCAGGGCUCAGACCUCUCCUCUACUUAUAUCAUUCCCUAGGUGAGCCCAUCCAGUCUCAUAGCUUUAAAUACCAUUUUACAUAUCUAGCCCCUGACCUCUUCCCUGAACCUCAGACUCAAAUUAUCUGUUUAUCUGCAUCUCCACUUAGAUGUUUAAUAGGCAUCCUGAGCUCAACAGAUCCCAAACCACUCUUCAUUCAUCCUCAUCUUAAACCUGCCUUUCCUAUAGUCCUAUCAAUCUCAGGAAAUGGUAACUCCAUUCCACUUAUUUAGACCAAAAACAUGAAGAGUCAUCUUUGACUGUGUGUUGUCAGCUUUACCUUCAAAACAAAUCCAAAAUCCUACCACUUCUGUGCUACUGCUGUUACCACUUCACUCCAUCACCUAUUAUCAACAGCCUCCUAAUUAGUCUCCUUGCAACUUCAGUCUAGUCUGAAUACAGCAGCCAUGGUGACGCUUCUGAAACACGAGUGAAAUCAUGUUACCCCUCUGCACAAAACCCUCCAAAGAAAGGUUCCCCACCCAACCCCAAAGUUCUUCUCAUGACCUACACCAUCUGCAUCCUGCCCCUCCUGGAACCUCUCUGCCCGCAUCCCUUCUGCUCUACCCCUCACACACUGCAUUCCAGCUCCAAAGACCUCUGCUUGUUCCCAAACAUUCAAGGCAUGUUCCUGUCAUGCAGCCUUGUACUUGCUAUGCCUUCUGCUUGGAAAUGCUUCCUCCAGAUAUACACAUAGCUCACAUUCUCACAUUUUCUAGGACUCUGCUCAAAUGUCACCUUAUCCUUUACCAUUUCCUUUACCAUUAGCCAGGUGAAGAAUGAAGGGAGAAGAUUUCUUCUCCCAUUACCGUUCUUUUUAAAAAAUUAAUUAAUUAAAAUAAAUUAAUUUAAAUAAAGGCUUUCCUUUACCAUUCUUUUAAAAUUAAUUAAUUAGUUAAUUUUUGGCUGCGUUGGGUCUUCGUUGCUGUGCGCGGGCUUUCUCUAGUUGAGGCAAGCAGGGGCUACUCUUCGUUGCAGUGCGCAGGCUUACUGUGGUGGCUUCUCUUGUUGUGGAGCACGGGCUCUAGAGUGCAGGCUCAGUAGUUGUGGUGCACGCGCUUAGUUGCUCCGUGGCAUGUGGGAUCUUCCCAGACCCGUGUCCCCUGCAUUGGCAGGUGGAUUCUUAACCACUGCACCACCAGGGAAGCCCCCUUUACCAUUCCACCUCCUCCCACUCUCCGUCCCCUUUCUCAUUUACUCUUUGUUUUCUCCUACUAGAAUUUAAGGUCCAAGAGAGCACAGUUUGCCUGUUUUGUUUACUUGUAUAUUCCCAGCUCCUUGAACAGCACUUGAGCAAACAACAGCUGCUCAAUCAAUGCUGUUGAAUGAAUGAGUCAAAAAUAUUAAAAUACACAAGGCAAUUGUUCUUUAUAAAGAAGAAUCAGCAGGCAUAACAAGCAGAGAAUUAGAACCCCAAGAAUUUGAGAAAAAUAGUACAAAACUCUAAUAGGCUAUUAAAUAAGUAUGUUUAAAAUGAUCAAAGAUAAAAGGUGAUGUAGACUAGCACAUAGUUAUGAGCACAGACACUAGAACCAGGUAGCUUGAUUGGAAUUCUAGUGCUAUCACUUAACUAGCUGUGUGAACCUGGGCAAUGUAUUUAACCUUUGUAUUGCUGUUUCCUUAUCUGUAAAGUGGAACCAAAAAUAGCACUUAUUUCAUAGGAUUAUUGUGAGGAUUGAAUGAGUUGAUGUACAUAUACCACUCAAAACAGUGUUUGGCAUGUAGUAAGUCACAAAUUUUAGCUAUUCUCCUUUUAUUUUAUUAUUAUUAUCCAUAAGAAAAGGAAAAAAAAGAAGAGGUACGUUUGAAGAGGAAUCAAAUGAAUUUAAUAUAUGAAAAAUAUAAGUAAUGAAAUUAAAACACCUCAUGCUGCAAGAUGAGUGUCCCAUCUGCAGUCUCAUGUCCAUAUUCCUGGCAGGAAGAAGACAAAAAGACAAAAGGCAAUUACCAGCCCAGUCUAUUUUCUUUUUUAUCAGGAAAAAAAAAAAGUUCUUCCAGAUGCCAUAGCCAGGGGACUGACACUUGCAACUCAAUGGCCAGAAUCAUGUCACCUACUUUUUAGGUGUGCACUCCCACUAAUGGUAUAUAUCAAUUUCUACUUCUCAAUUUUUGCCAACACUUAAUAUUAUCAGACUUUUAAAUUUUGCCAAUCUUAUGGAUAUGCAAUGGUAUGCUAUUGCUUUUAUUUGUAUGGACUGAACAACUUUUAAUGUUUGUUGACCAUGAUUAAGUGAAUUUCCUUGCUCAUUACAAUGUUGUCAAGUAACACUGAAUAACAGCUAACCACAAAAACAAUGUUAUACAAUAGUAUUUAUUUAGCUUAGUGCCUUUGGGUUGGAUGGGGCAGCUUGUCUAAAGUGGCUGUGUUAUUACAUGGUCUUACAUCUUCCUCCUGGGACUAGUAGGCCAGCCCAGACAAUUUCCUCUCACAACAAUGGCUGAAGUAUAAAAGCCCAAGAGGAAAUACAUGAGGUCUCUUAAGGCUUAGGCUUGUAACUGCCACAUUGUCACAUAUUCUAGUAGACCAAAGCAAAUCACAUGGCCAAAAGGGAGAAAUAUCCUCUGGUCUGUUAGUGAGAAGAACUGCAAAGUCAUACAACAAAGUGUGUGAAUGUUGGUAGGGGGUGAUGAACUGGGGCCAAUAAUGUUAUCUACACAAUAUCCUUUCUUAUUUGUAAAACUGGAUUAUCUUUUUCUUAUUGAUUUAUAGGUAUCCUUUAUAUACCCAACAUACAAAUCCUUUAUCAGUUAUAUGCCUUGCAGAUAUCUUCUCUCAUCUGUGGUUUGUCCUUUUAACUCCAUUAAAGAUAGUUUUCAUUAAAAAGCAGCUUUCAGUUUUAAUACAGUCAACUUAUCAAUCAAAGUGUUUUCUCUAUCUUGUUUAAGAAAUCACUAUCUCAAGGACAUAAAGAUAUUUUUUAAAGUUCUGUUUUUCACUUUUAGGGCUUUAAUCUACUAUUGAUUUUGCAUAUGGUAUUCUAAUUUUUUUUCAUAUAGAUAAUGAAUCUUUCUGGCACUGCUUAUUGAACAGCAACUCCUUUCCCCACUAAUCUGUAAUGCUACCUCUGUUAUUCAUCUAGUUUCCAUAAAUUCAUGGCUCUGUUUCUGAGCUGUCCAGUUUAAUUUGACUCUCUCUCUGCACCAAUACGUCACAGAUUUUUUUUUUUUUGCGGUACGUGGGCUUCUCACUGCUGUGGCCUCUCCCGUUGCGGAGCACAGGCUCUGGACGCGCAGCCUCAGCGGCCAUGGCUCACGGGCCCAGCUGCUUCGCGGCAUGUGGGAUCUUCCCGGACCGGGGCACGAACCCGUGUCCCCUGCAUCGGCAGGCGGACUCUCAACCACUGCGCCACCAGGGAAGCCCCACAUCACAGCUUUAAUUACUAAAUCUCUAAAAUGAGUUCCCCCACCUAGGUCUUCUUCAAAUAACAUUAAAAAAAAAAAUUCUGGGGACUUCCCUAGUGGUCCAGUGGGUAAGACUCCAUGCUCCCAAUUCAGGGGGCCCAGCUUCGAUCUCUGGUCGGGGAACUAGAUGCUGCAUGCAUGCCACAACUAAGAGUUCACAUGCUGCAACUAAAGAUCCCGCACACUGCAACGAAGAUCCUGUGUGCCGCAGCUAAGACCCGGUGCACCCGAAAUAAAUAAAUAAAUAUUUUUUAAAAAAUUCUGAUUGUCUCUUUGUUCUUCUAUAUAAAAAUUAGGAUAAACUUAUCAAGUUUCACUUAAAAAAUAUCCUAUAGGGAUUUGUUUUCUGGAAUUGAAUUUAUAGAUUAUGGGAGAACUCACAUCUUUAUAAUAUUGAGUCUUAUCAUCUAUAAAUAUGGUAUAAUUUGCCACUCAGGUCUUCUUUCAUAUUCUUCAGUUAUGUUUCCCUAUUUUCUUUAAGAUCUUGCACGUUUUUUGUUAGAUUUAUUUCUGUUGCUUAUAGGUUUUAUUGCUAUAGUGAAUGGGAUAGCAGGCUUUGUCAGCUGAAUGGAAAUGCUGCUAAAAUGUUACCAUUAAGAAUAAUAUUUAGGGACUUCCCUGGUUGCGCAGUUGUUAAGAAUCCACCUGCCAAUGGAGGGGACACGGGUUCAAUCCCUGGUCCAGGAAGAUCCCACAUGCUGCAGAGCAACUAAGCCUAUGCGCCACAACUACUGAGCCUGUGUGCCACAACUACUGAAGCCUGCACGCCUAGAGCCCGUGCUCCACAACAAGAGAAGCUACCACAGUGAGAAGCCUGUGCACCACAAUGAAGAGUAGCCCCCACUCGCCGCAACUAGAGAAAGCCCGUGCGCAGCAACGAAGACCCAAUGUGGCCAAAAAUAAAUAAAAAUUUUUAAAGAUUUAUUUAUUUAUUAUUUAUUUAUUUUUGGCCGCGUCGGGUCUUCAUUGCGGCACUUGGGAUCUUCGUUGAGGCAUGCGGGCUCUUCGUCGUGAUGCGUGGGCUUCUCUCUAGUUGCCUCAUACGGGCUUCUCCCUAGUUGUUGUGUGUGGGUUUUCUCUCUCUAGUUGUGUUGCGCGGGCUCCAGGGCGCGUGGGCUCUGUAGUUUGCAGCACGCGGGCUCUCUCAUUGAGGCACGUGAGCUCAGUAGUUGUGACAUGCGGGCUUAGUUGCCUUGUGGCAUGUGGGAUCUUAGUUCCCUGACCAGGGAUGGAACCCCCGUUCCCUGCAUUGUAAGGCAGAUUCUUUGCCACUGGACCACCAGGGAAGUCCUGAAGCGGUAGCUAUUUAAAAAUUGUUACUCUAAUUGUUUCAGGGGACGCUUUUGUUUACCAGUCUGUUAUGUAAUUUCCCUUCUGUUUAUUCAUUAUUCUAUUCCUACUGCUCCCCCUACUCACUCAGUACCUUUUUCUGGUAAUAACUCCUCAACUUUUCUUAAGAGGAUCACCCCUUCACUUCUCUGGUUCUUAUGGUUUGGGAGAUAUUGACUCAACUCAUCACUCCAGAGGUCAACUUGUGACCUAGACCUGGCAAAUCAGAGCACUGCAUUCCCACGGCCAGUUACUGGUCUGGGAAUGGACACGUCAAACAAGGCCAGAAAAAGAGGUUCAAUCAAAGUAAAUCUUAGCAUUUUUUAUUGGAGCGACCAGAAAAGAAGACCACUCUUAUGAGGUUGUGAGCCUGGAGCUAUAGUAGAUUUUCUGCCACCAUGAGGAGAGAGCCUACAUGAGCAAGGACCAACACUGAGGAAAGCAGAGCAAAGAAACAGAAAGGCCAGAUCCUAUCAACAUCAUUUUUCCCUAGACCAGAGGUGUUUGGGCUGUGCAGCACGGCAUGUGGGACCUUAGUUCCCCGACCAGGAAGAACCUACAUCCCCUGCAUUGGAAGUGUGGAGUCUUAACCACUGGACUGCCCGGGAAGUCCAGGUCGUUCAUUUCUAUAAAGGGUCAGAUAGGAAAUAUUUUAGGGCUUGUGGGUGUGAGAAUGUGAUUUAUAAUAAAUAUAUAUUUUGGAGUUUGUCCGUGGUUCCUGGCUCACAGCUCCCCAAACCCUUGGAGUUUCCUAAGCAGUAAGAACAAUAGGAACAUCUUUUGUUAUAAUAUUUGGUCUUUUGUCCUCAGUUCCUGAAAUCGCAUCAGAGCCAUAAAGGUGAAAUGGACAUCUUGUUAUUAUAAAAAGCCCCUUUCAACCAUAACUGAGUUUAUGUUAAUAAGGCGACUUUCAGAAGUCCCCUAAAGAUUGGAGGAGGUUGCCAGGGAAACCAAUCAGUGGAUUAAUUAGAUUAGAGGGUUGGAACUCAGAGUCUCACCUCAUGACCUCUGGAGAGAGAGGCUGGAGGUUGAAUCAAUCACCAAUGGCCAAUGAUUUAAUCAAUUGUGCCUAUGUAAUGAAGCCUCCAUAAAAACCCAAAAAAGACAGGAUUCUGAGCUUCCAGGUUGGUGAAAGAGAACUCAUCCACUUGCCAGCCCUAAACUCCACAGGGACAGAAGCUCCUGGAUUCAGCAUCUUGCCCUAUGUAUCUCUUCAUCCAGCUGUUGAUUCAUAUCCUUUAAUACACUUUGUAAUGAACCAGUAGUCUAGUAAGUAAACUGGUUUCCUGAGUUCUGUAAGCCACUCCAGCAAAUUAAUCAAGGAGGGGGUCCUGGGAACCUUUAUAACCAGUUGGUCAGAUGCACAGGUAACAAACAACCUGACUUGUGAUUGGCAUCUGAAAUGGAGGCAGUCUUGUGGGAUUGAGCUCUUAUAACCUAUGGAAUCUGAUGCUAUCUCCAGGUAGAUAGUACCAGAAUUGAGUUGAGUUAGUGUUGGGAGAAUUGCUUGGUUUGGGGAAAAAAACCACACAUUGUAGUGGGCCAUAGAUCUCUCUCACAACUACUCAACUUCACCACUAUAUUGCUCAAGUCAGAGCACAAAAGCAUCUAGACAAUAUGAGAAGGAAUGGGCAUGGUUGUGUUCCAGUAAACCUUUAUUUACAAAAACAGACACAGGCUCCUUUUGCUAACCCCAGCCCUAGACCUAGUCAUGGCUUAGGCUGUAUCUAUCCUUGGACUUUUCAGUUAUUUGAGCCAAUAAAUGUCCUUUUCCUUAAGCCAAUUUGAGUUGGCUUUCCUUUUAACUUGUAACCAAAGAAUCCCAAUUUAUGUUAUAUCUGAAGAUUCUGAAUUCUUUGGUAACUUUCAUCUAACUAUUAGUGCAACUUUUGUUUAAAAUCCAUUCUUAAUCCGGAAAGGAAUCAAAGUUGGCUUCACAGAGGAAAGAUUAAUUGAUGUCCAAGUCAUUGCCAGUUCUUUUUCAGACAUAAAAGUGUUACAUAAACACAAAUUCUAUUCUUAAAAGAUUUAAUAAAAAGUUAAUUCCUUGGGGGGGAAACAGAUUUUCUUUUUCAGUUUAAGUUUAAUAAGAAUUUGCUUUCCAGGCAAUUUGUAGACGUUUGAAGUGAGCAUCAGUAUUGUUAAGAGUUGCAAACUGCAGUCACUUUGUACAAAUUUAAACAGGCUCCUUGCUGAGAGUUGAUAGGGAGUGGGGGGAUGUUAACAGUGAAAGUAAAGUGGAAAAUUUCUUCUCCUGACUGCAGAGACUUGAGCACUGCCUUUGACAAGCAGAAGAAACAACAGAGGACCUCUGAAAAGGCUGAGAGCUGUGGGGAAUGACUUCAGCAAUGGACUGUGUCAAAGGGCAGUCACACAACUCAUCCCUAAAGUGAAGUACCCCAAGUUGGCAGCUGAAUUCCUAGUGCUAUAUACUCUUGAAAAUAUAAUUUCAAGAUAGGAUUGAGAGUGAGUUCCAGGGGCUUAAUGAAAAGACUCCAAUAAAUAAAAGGGAAAAGGCAGUUCACACACACACACACACACACACACACACACACACAGACAUCUAGGUAACACACAUAUGGCAGGGAGGAGAAAGAGAACAAUCAAGGAUGACUCCAAGCUUUAUGGCCUGAGUACUGGCAGAAGGGACUUGCCAUUUCUUGAAAUGGGAAAGACUGGGAGAGAAACAGGUUGUAGGGGCUGGUAUCUGGAGCUCAAUUUUGGACAUAUUAAGUUUAACAUCUCCUGUUAUUUAUCUAAUAAGAAAUAAAGAGUGGGCAGCUGGGUAUAUGACUAGCAUUAAGGAAAUAGGUCCAGGCUGGGGAUAUAAAAUUCGGAAUCGUCAGCAUAUAGACGGUAUUUACAGUCAUGAGAUUAGAUGUGAUUACCAAAGGAGGAAGCUACAGAGAACAGAGGCAAGUCCUUGGCACUCCAACAUUUAGAGAACAGAGAGAUGAAGAGGACCAAGAAAAGAUACCUGAGAGGAAAGCCAGAAAGAUAGGAAGAAACAUCCUGUAGGUGAAGAAAGUGUUUCAGGGAAGAAGGGGCGAUCAACUCUGUUAGUUUUGGUAAGAUGAGGACUGAGAGUUGACCACUGGGAUUUAUCAGUGGUGUGUGUGUGUGUGUGUUAGGGUGGGUUUAAGGGAGAAUGGAAUGAGAGAAACAAGCACACACAACUCUUUUCAAAGAGUUUUGCUGUAAAGGGAAAGAGAAUAAGGGAGGAAACUGGGGUUAAGACUGAAGAAGAAUCUGAAUAUUUUAGAAAAAAAAAAUAACUGAAGAAAUAAACUUCCAGAUGAAGCAGGAAGGGAUUGAGAACACAUUAAAAUGGUUACUAUUAGAAAGGAUUAGUGAGGGGUGGGAGAAGAGGGUACCCUCUCUGCAACAGGAAGAGAGAGUGAAAAAAUGUACAGAUACCUAAGAGAAGGAGUGACAUGGGAGCUCAUUACAGAUGCCGUUGAUCUCUAAAAUAUCACUAUUUGUGAAAAUGAUGAGGAUGGGGGAAAUGUGGUAGAAUUGCAGUAGUUAAAUGUAAAAAUGUAUAGCUGAUUUUUAAUCUACUCUGAUUUAUACUUUUCACUCAAAUCACAAGAUUAAAGUAUCAUAACAUAAGCUGAGCUUAAACCAUAGUAGAUACUCAAUAAAUAUUCAGUGGAUUCGUACUGGUGAAACUGUUUCAUUGCUAGACUAUAGCAAUUGACAGGCAGGAGAAGUUGCCAUUUUUCCUUAACCUACCAAUCUAUGGCUGAAUAAGUUUGUUUUUUGCUCUUGUCAGGAAGCAGGGCUUUCAUAACUAAGGCAACGGAUUUUGGUUUCCGUACUGAUAAUUUUUACCUCUUCCUUACCUAUUUAAGCCAAACAACUGUCCUUUUGUAUUCUGCUCUGUUCUGAUGGGUAGCGUCUGGGGCUGAGAGUCUGCAACUUCAUGACCCAGGAUCUUUCAUCAGUUAACUUUCUGUAGGAUAUGCUAAAUGGGUCAUAAUGGAUAUCAGAAGACCAGGGGAAGAGAGAAAUUUCCAGCUUCUAGCUCUCACAGUGGCUGGUGUUUGUUGUAAUAGUAGCAGGAUGGGAGGAUUCUGGACAGCAGCUCAGGCAGAUGCAGAAUCUUUUUGGUGGUUCCAAUUCUGAUCGAGGUGGCAACUCUUCAGCAGAUCUAACACUGUGUCUCCAAAGGUCCAGCAAGCAGUAUAUGCUUGUGGGCUCAGCUUUAAGGGCUGGUGAACUCUAAGCCCUUGUGAUUAGCAGCUUGUCGCCUCUGAGUAUCAUUUCCUUCUUUCUUUUUGUUCCUCUAGACCCCAUCCUCAUUUGUGCUCUUCUAGGCCUUCCCACACCCUUGUAUUGGGUUGGCCAAAAAGUUCAUUUGGGUUUUUCCAUAACAUGUUAUGGAAAAUAAUUUCGUGUAUUAUAUUAUCUCUGUCUGGAAUAUCUAGAAUGACUCCCAUUUUCUGGAUAGGACUAUAUAAUCUUGGUGACAGAAAAGUUUCCAGGAAAUAGACCCUCUAAGCUUGAACAGAGUGAUGGCCUUACUGCCAAUGGAAAAUGGAGAUGUAGUAGCACUAUGAUUACCUACCUACCUUAUCACCUGUGUUUGCUUAGGAUGAAGUCCUAUUGAAGGCAGUGCUUUGGGAGAUGAAGUGUAAUUGCUGCCUUUCCUCAGCUCAUACAUAUGGUUCCAAAGUGAGCUCCCUACAACAAGUUGACUGAGGAAGAAAAAGUUAAGGCCGAUUUAGAGAUGGUUUUGCACAAUAUGCCGGCAUCAGCUGGAAGUGGAUAGUUGAAACAUCACAAAUCCCAUCAGAAGUGUCCCUGAAAGAUUUUGGGAAGGAAAAUCUCCCCAGUGAGCAUCUGGUUGCCCACUCUGCAUAGAGAGAGAGAUAGACACAGGUAUAGAUUUUACCCUGAUUCAUGGACAGUAGCUAACAAGUUGGCCAAAGAGUUAAGGAUUUAGAAAGAACCAGACAGAAGAACUGGUGAGCAAAAGGCAUGGGGCAAAGAGGCAGGUGGAAAUACCUCUUGGAAUGGCCACAGGGUAAGAGACGUUAGUGUCUCACGUGAAUGCUUAAUAAAGGGUACCCAUUGCAGAGGAGGCUCUCAGAAGGUAGACAAGAUGACCUGUUCUGUGGAUGUCAGGCAGCCUCCUUCCCUAGCCACCAUGAAGCUUGCUGUAUACUCCAUCACCCAGAAGCAUCUUACCUGAUAAAAUGGUGGAAUAACCAACUGAAUAUUCCAUUAUGGCCCCAUAAGAGAGAUGAUACCCUGAGAGAUCGGGGUGCUAUCCAAAUGGAUGUGGUAUACAAUUUUAGCCACUGACCAAUAUAGAUGCUAUUAUUUCCAUAACUAGAAUACUCACUUCUAGAAAUCAAGGGGUGAAAGUGGCAGUGCCUCCUUUCACUUUUACCUCUAACAGCCCACUUACAGAAUUCUUGCUUUCUGUCCCUACAAAGAUCUUAUCUCUCAAAACAGGAAUGUUGCCACCAGGGAAACAUUGCAUGCUUCCACUAAAUUUGAUCAUGACUGACCUAAAAGAAGAAUGAACGUCACCCAUUUUGGGGAAACGAUGAUGGUGUCAUUGUUUGUAUGAAGGAUAGUUGCAUACUGGAAAGCAGACUCGUGAACUUGUUUAGAAUUUUAAAUAUGGGAAGAGUGGUAUAUGUGGAUGCCAUGUAGCCAAAGAGGGUGGACUAUAUUGGUCAUUUACCUGUUGUCUCUCAGUUCAACACCCGCCAUGCUCUACUCUACUCUCUACUGAUGUAAUUGGAAUUCUGCAAAUGACAUUUCCCAGGCUUCCAUCCUUGCAGCUGGCUUCCUGUUAGAGUCUUAUCAGUAGGAGGUGCCAACAGGAGAUCAGUAAAAGGAAAAAUGUUUCCUGCUUUGGGCAGUGAAAAUGCAGCAGUUUCUGGUGGCUGCUGGCUGUUGGUGUAGCGGCAGCAGGAGCAGGUGAUUCUGGACUCCAGUAGACUUUCCAGCCUUUGGACUUCCCCUCUCUGAUAGAAGUGGUACCUCUCCGGCAGAUCCAGAACGACUGUGACAGCAACUCCAACUGCACAGCAGCCAGCACAGACUUGAGAGCUCCAGCUCAGGGGCACAGCAGCUUCUGAUCUAUGAUUGGAAUUCUUUUUUGUUGUUGUUUUUAAAUAUUUAUUUAUUUAAUUUAUUUUGGCUGCCCCAGGUCUUAGUUGCGGUACGCAGACUUCUUAGUUGCGGCAUGUGGACCCUUAGUUGCAGCAUGCAUGCGGGAUCUAGUUCCCUGACCAGCGAUCGAACCUGGGCCCCCUGCAUUGGGAGCGUAGAGUCUCACCCACUGGACCACCAGGGAAGUCCCUAUGACUGAAGUUCUUCUAGCUCCCCUGGCCCCUUUUUUUUCCUUUUGCUAUUCCAGCCCUUCUUAAACUUUUGGAAGCAAUUUCAUAUAUUAAAUUUCUUCUCUUUGAAAUACCCAGAGUGGUUUCUGUUUCCCUGAGGAGACCCUGACUGAUAACAUUUCUAGUCCCUAAAACAGAUAAAUCUAAAAAAAGGAUCUAUCCUGAGGCUUGCCCUUCUGGACAAAUGAUAUAAUCUUCCCUCUCAGCUUCUCUCUUAACUUUUACUUCUUACAAACAACCAUAGUCAAUAGAAGCUGCAUUUAUUUUGUUGUUGUUAUUGUUGUUGCAUUGUUUUUCGUCAUUAACUUAUUUAAGCAAAAUUCUAAGCACUCACCAAAGUAAAGAAGAAAAUAUAGAGAAUACUUGUGUAUUUAUUACCCAGCUUUAACACUGAUCGAUUUUGCUAAUUUUGUGUCUUGUAUCUACCUCCAUUUUCCACCCAGAAUAUUUUAAAAUAAAAUCACAGGCAUCAAAUCAUUUCACCCAUAGUAUUUCCUGUGUACUUUUUACAUGAGCCUCCUUCCAUUUCUGUAAUUACAGUUGGACCUCUGUUAUCCUUUGCCUGCACAGGACCCCUUUCUCUUCCUCAGCAUAGGAUUCUUCUUUUUCUUUUGGGAACUGCCUUCCAAAAUUUGGUGAUGCUGUUCAUCCCUUUGCCUCCCUGACUCCAUGGACAUAUGAACUACACUUGUCAGUCUGAGUGUGUUAUGGAAGCUAGAGAAUAAAGGUCUCACUACGCAAGGGCACGGGCCUUAAGGAUCGCAUGAACCUAGAACUGCAAAAAGUUACCUUCAACAACUGGGAAAGCCCACCUAAGAACUAUGCUAACACAGAAGAAAACUAGAUAGAACUGUUUCAGAGAGAGUCCUGAUGAUAUUAUUUUAAUACCUGAAUCCAGCUGUGCCUAAAACCAAUGCUCCUUCUGGAUUUUUAGUUAUGUGAGCCAAUAAAUUUCCUUUUCUGCUUAAAUUUAAGUUGGAUUUCUAUCAUGUGUGACCAAGAGUCAUUUAUUACUAAUUUGUAACACUCUCCAAGCCUGCAGCGAUAGCCCAUUCAAGAAUACUCUAUUUAGCAGGGAGAGCAUAUUUCUAUAAAUGGAAACGUUAAUAGAAUCAGUGCCAUUAAGGUCAUCAUAUCACUAAAGCAUAGUUUCUGGUGUUGCUAUUUUGCAGUUAUUUUUUCCUUUCAUAUUCCCUGAAAUCCUGGUAUGCCUCCAGGCAAAGUUUCUUCCAACUUUGUUCAUUCAGAUAGUUGUGAGUCAUUUCUUCUCAGGCUACAGUAAUUCCUAUGAUAGCUUUCAUGAUGUCAGAAGUCUUCCACCAAUCUCUAAUUAACAGCUGAUCAGGUUUUUAAAAGUGUUUCCCUGGUUUGAACCACCGUAAAGUAUCGAUUUUAACAUCCAAAGUAGUAUUUUUGUUUAGUACUCUUACGGUAACUUUAGCUUUAACACUUGUGAUAAGUUAUUACGGGUCAAAAUCAUUCGGCAGAACAUGAAAUAAUGACAGAAAGUGAGACUGUGGCAAAGAAACACAUAGAUUAGUGAGGGCUCUCAAACUCAGGAACAUACCAUCUGCUAAAUCAGCUCUCUUUAGUGUUAACUGUAUUCACUGGCUGAGCAGUUAUUUUUUAAAUGCAUUAACCACAAUUCAGUACUGUAUCAAAUUUAUAAAUAUGAACAUAUACAGAGAUGAAAAGCACUAUAAUAAAUUAGUGCUCAAGAAGUUACGUCUAUAAUGAAAUUUCUUUCAUGUUUAAAAUAAUCUAGGUUCUAGCUAAUAGUAGGCUUUGAAAUCCCGAACUUCCCAGAAAUUAUUUCAUAAAAAAGACUAAAAAAGCAGUUGGCUAGAGAUUGGGGCCUUCACAUUCUCAUUAUAGGCCCAAAGAUCCAGCUUUUGCUGAAUCCUUAUAUGCCCAAGUCUCUGGAAUACAGACAAACCAGGGAUACUGUGCUAACAGAGGUAGAAUAUACUCAAGGUUAUAUCAUACAAUUGCCGAAACAGGACAUCUGGGAAUAUUGCUAAAGAAGCAUGAAAUCAAUACCCAAUCUUUUACUAUCAUAUCCUAUCAGUUAAAAUCUAAUAGUUCCUCUAUUCUAAUCUGAAGCACAGUAGUAGGUCAUGACUUAACAAUUUUUUGCUAUUAUAAAUAAUGCUGCAAUGAGUACCUUUGCACACAGAUCCUUGAGCACUUGUGAAAUAAUUUGAUUCCUAGAAGAGUACAGACAGAUUACCUUCCCAAAACACUGUAUCAAUUUAAAUCUUUACCAACAUGAAAUGACAGUGCCCUUUUCCCCCAACACUUUCAUUAACUCUGGAUAUUAUCUCUUUAAAAUGCUUCUCUUCUACCCUUAAGGAAAAAUACCAGGGAAAUAUCAAUACUAUUAUUUAACAUUGUCCUGGAAUUACGAGCCAAUGAAUUAGGCAAUAUAAUUAAAAUAUGAAUAUUGGAAAAGAUGAAAUGGUUAUUGUUAUUGCAGAUAUUAUAUAUCUUUAAAUGCAAAAGUAAAAUUAGAAAACUAUUUUCUAAAGUAAAAUUCUGGGCUUCCCUGGUGGCACAGUGGUUAAGAAUUGCCUGCCAAUGCAGGGGACAUGGGUUCAAACCCUGGUCCGGGAAGAUCCCACAUGCUGUGGAGCAACUAAGCCCUUGCGCCACAACUACUGAGCCUGUGCUCUAGAGCCCGUGAGCCACAACUACUGAGCCCACGAGCCACAACUACUGAAGCCCCCGUGCCAAGAGCUUGUGCUCUGCAACAAGAGAAGCCCCCAUGAUGAGAAGCCCGUGCACCGCAAUGAAGAGUAGCCCCCGCUCUCCGCAACUAGAGAAAGCCCAUGCACAGCAACAAAGACCCAAUGCAGCCAAAAAUAAAUAAAUAAAUAAAAAUUUAAAAAAUAAAAUAAAAUAAAGUAAAAUUCUUGGGCUUUUGUCAUGUUGGAGUAACUGGUACUAGACUUGGCCUUCUGCUAUAAACAAUUAGAAAACUGGACAAAAUACAUGAAAAAAUUGUCUUCCGACAAUGAAAACAGGGCAAGUGAGACUGUGAUCUCCAAGAAAAGGAAACAAAUGAGGCAGCCUAUUAUCACUUUGGCUUUCUGGAUUUUGAUACAGGGAGGGGAAAUCAAACUGGAUUGAACAGACAGAGGUGGUGUUCAAGAAGGCUGAGGUGCCUGGCAGUUGUGGGGCAAAGUACCAGAGAGAGGCAACUACACAGGCAAAGAGAUCAAUAAAUCUGCACAGGAGUAUUCUAGAGUCUGUGCUGAACACUAAUCUACAAAUGUGUAAGGUUAAACUACAAGAGUUCAGCUGAAAAACAAUUGGGGAACUGUGAGCAGAAAAAUUCCCAGAGCUCACACAGGGUUAAGAGACAAUUGUUUUGACCAGUCAGGAUAAAGAUUCUUCACUGAACACCUAGGGCAUUUACUAGAGACCCCAGAAGAGAAACACCUUAGUAGAAGGACUAACCUAACUCAACAGUAAAGAUGACUCUAGAACUGCCCCAAAGUUCAAAAACAAGCUUCAAAAUCAUCAAGCUGAUUCAUCUGCAGCUUAACACAUAAACCAAAAUUCAAAAGUCUUUGAAGGAAAACAACAAAAUUCAGAUACUCAAAAACAUAUAAUUACAAUGUUCACCAUUCCAUCAAAAAUCACUAGACAUGUGAAAAAGCAAAAAAAGUCACCUUAAAAUCAGAAGAAAAACUGGUCAAUGGAAACAGAUCCAGGAAUGAAAGAGAUGCUAGACUUAGUAAACAAGGAUGUAAAAAAGAGUUAAUAUACUUAAUAAAAUUUUAUAUUUAAAAAUUUUAUAUUUAAGUUUAAUUUAAAAUUUGAAGAAAAACAUGACUAUAUUGAGAGAAAGACAAGAUAUAAAAAUAAUCAAAUCUAGAAACAAAUACAAUAUCUGAAAUUAAAAAUUCGGUAGAUGGGCUUAGUGGCAGAUAUUAUAAACUGCACAAGAAUAAUCCAUGAAUGUGAAGACAUAGCAAUGGAAAUUAUCCAGACUAAAGUUUUUUAAAAGAACUCGGGCUUCCCUGGUGGCGCAGUGGUUGCGAGUCCGCCUGCCGAUGCAGGGGACACGGGUUCGUGCCCCGGUCCAGAAAGAUCCCACAUGCCGCGGAGCGGCUAGGCCCGUGAGCCAUGGCCACUGAGCCUGCGCGUCCAGAGCCUGUGCUCCGCAACGGGAGAGGCCACAACAGUGAGAGGCCCGCAUACCGCAAAAAAAAAAAAAAAAAAAAAAAAAACUGACAAAAAAUAAACAGAGCCUUAGUGACAUGUUAAACAAUAUCAAAUUGGUCUAAUAUAUUUGUAAUUGACGUUCCAGAAAAGGUGGGGGCAGAAAAAAUAUUUGAAGCAAAGAGGAGAAACAUAAAUAUACAGUUAUAAGGUCCUUACACUAUACAUCAGAGGUUGACAAACCUUUUCUGUAAAAGGUCAGAUAGUAAAUAUUUUAGGCUUUGCAGGCUAGUAGUCUUUGUUGCAACUACUCAACUCUGCCACUGUAGCAUAAAAAUAUGCCAUAAACAAUACGUAAGUGAGUGGCUGUGAUUGUGUUCCAAUAAAACUUUACUUACAAAAGCAGGGAGUAAUCCCCAUUUGGCCUGAAGUCUGUAGUCUGCUAACCUGUGCUAUAUAUGAAGUGGUACAAUAUGUGAUAAUUAUAAGGGAAAAUGCAUAUUACAACUCUUGGAGCAACUGUUAAAUAUAAAACAAAGAAAUUAAGCUAAUAAGCCAACAGUGGGGAUAAAAUAGAAUACUGAAAAUUACUUAAUAUUCUUUUAUUGAGGCAGGAAAAAAGGGGAAGAGGAACAACAGAGAUGGCAUAAAUAGAAAACAAAUAGCAAGACGGUACACUUAAAUCCAACUAUAUUGAUAAUUAUAUCAAUGAAAAUAUUCUGAACUGCAUUAAAAAAGGAGAUUGUCAGACUGGAUAAAAUUGAUGACUCAAAUAUAUGCUGUCUACAAGAAACACACUUUAAACCUAAAGAUACAAAUGUUAAAGUAAAUAAAGGUAAAAAAGCAUAUGAUUAAUUGUAAGAGAACUGGAAUGGUUACAUUAACAUCAGACAAAUCAGGUUCAAGACAAUACCAGAGCUAAAAAGAUAUUUUAUAAUGAUAAAAGGAUUAAUUCAUUAAGAAAAUAUAACAACGAUAAAUGUGUACAUACUUAAUAACACAGCUUUAAAAUACAUAAAGCAAAAACUGGCAGAAGUGAAAAAAGAAAUACUGAAAUUCAUAAUUAUUAUUGUAUAUUUCAACACUCCUCAGUAAUUGGUAGAAGGAAUAGAUAGAAAAAUCAAUAUGGAUAUAAAACACCUGAUCAACACUAUCAACCAACUUGGCCAAACUGACAUUUAUAGAACACUCUAUGCAACAGAUUAAUGGAAUAGAAUAGAGUCAGAAAAAGACAUGCAAAUAUUUUAUCAAUCAAUUUUUUUAAGUAAGGCUCAUUUCAUCAAUUGUUUUUACAAAGGUGACACAGUAAUUCAAUGGGGGGAGUAAUAUUUUCAAACAAAUGGUGCCAGAACAACUGUAUAUCCAUUACAGGAAAAAAAUAAACCUUGACCCUUACUUUACACCACAUAUUGAUACAAAUUUUCACUCAAAAUGGAUCAUAGAACUCAAUGUGAAAGUUAAAUUUCUAGAAGAAAACAUAGGAGAAAAAUCUUUAGGACCUUGGGGUAGGCAAAGAUUUCUUAGGACACAAAAAGCACGGACCGUAAAGAAAAAUCUGACAAACCCUGCUCUUUGAAAGAUACCAUUAAGGAAAUGAAAAGCCCAGCCAUGAACUAGGAUAAAAUAUUUGCAAUACAUGUAUCUGACAAAAGACUUGUAUCUAGAAUAUAUAAAGACUUCAAAAAACUCAAUGAUAGGACAAACAACUCAUUGGCAAAUGAUUUGAACAGAUAUUUCACUAAAGAUAUACAAAUUAGCACAUGAAAAAAUUUCAACAUCAUUAAUCAUUAGGGAAAUACAAAUUGUGGUUUUACACAAUGAACACUGAAAGGUCAUUACACACCCACUGUAAUGGCUACAACUAAAAAGACUGACAGUACCAACUGCUGACAAGGAUGUGGAGAAAGUGGAUCUCAUACACUGCUGGUGGGGAUGUAAAAUGGUACAAUCAAUCACUUUGGAAAACUGUUUAGCAGUUCCAAUAAAGUUAAACCUACUCUAGGACCCAAGAAUUCCAUUCCUAAGUAUUUACCCAAGAGAAAUGAAAACAUGUCCACAAAGAGACUUGUAUCAAUACAAGAAUCUUCAUAGCAGCUUCAUUCAUACUAGCCCUAAUCUAGAAAGAAAUGUCCAUCAACUGGUGAAUAGAUAAAUUGUGGUACAUCCAUACCAUGGAAUAGUAGUGAGCAACAGGAAGGAACAAACCUCUGAUACACACAAUGACAUGAAUGAAUCUCAAAAGCAUUAGCCUCAACAAAAGAAGCCAGACACAAAACAGUACAAACUGUGUGAUUCCAGUCACAUGAAAUUCUAGAAACAGGCAAAAUUAAUCUAGAGUGACAGAAAGGAGGUUGACAAUUGCCAGGGGCUGAGAGUGAGACAGGGGCGUUUACUUCAAAAAGGCAUGAGGAGGGCUUCCCUGGUGGUGCAGUGGUUGAGAAUCUGCCUGCUAAUGCAGGGGACAUGGGUUCGAGCCCUGGUCUGGGAAGAUCCCACAUGCCACGGAGCAACUAGGCCUGUGAGCCACAACUACUGAGCCUGCGCGUCUGGAGCCUGUGCUCUGCAACGAGAGAGGCUGCAACAGUGAGAGGCCCGCGCACCGCGAUGAAGAGUGGCCCCCGCUUGCCACAACUAGAGAAAGCCCUCACACAGAAACGAAGACCCAACACAGCCAAAAAUAAAUAAAUUAAUUAAUUAAAAACUAUUAAAAAAAAA